UUUAGCUUUAUUAGUUGUUGAUAAUGUAAUUUAGAGUGAUAGAUAAAUAAAAAAGUACAUAAUGUUGGGGGGGGAAAUGGUCUCUUGUAUCAUGGAAAGAGUUGUGGUUUUGGCACUUGUUAGUUCUGCAGUGGGUGUUUUCCUCCAUUGGACAGGAAGACAUGACGGGGAAUGUGAGUGUUUGUGUGCAUGUGCAAUCAGUUAUUGUGUCUGAAAGACAUACAGACAUACAGAGUCUUUGGCUAGAGUUUGUUGGCCUGCCUAUUCACAAUGCUGUUGCCACAGGCUUUCUCUCUCCUGACCACCCUCACCCUCUCUACCACAUUUACUGGUGCUGUGGAGAUUGUUAGAGCAGCCAAAGGCAGUCCUUCCCACCUCCCUUGUCCCUCACCAUUUGGAUUUGACGGCAAAGUUGUUUUUAAAUGGACCAAAUUUGGAAGUCCUGGCAUUAUUUGCGAAUAUAAUGUGAAUAAAGAAAUCAGUUCAGUCAUAUCCUGUAAGUCUCAAUUCAAGGUAAUCGAACAACCUCCUAAACUGUAUGUUACAGAGCCAAAGAGCACUGACUCAGGUCAAUAUACCUGCUCAAUAUCAAGAGUCAUACCACCACCAACCAUUGAGAAUUCCUCCGUAGUCAAUCUUCAAGUUACAGUGCCUCCAGGUCUAGUCCUAGAGAGGCAGAACAGCAAUGAUCCUGGCUGCAUCCAGCUUCUCUGUACUUUGGAGGGCCUUGACCCACAGGACAUCAACUUCACCUGGACCCAACAAGGUCAGGGUUCACCGGAGACACUGUUGACCAAUCACAGCCUCUCUAAACUGAGCAGCAUUCUGACCCAGUGCCAAUCAGUGUUGAGAGAGGGCGACACAAUCACCUGCAACGUCAGACUCUUAGCCAAUAACACUGACCUGAGCAUGAGCAUCAGACUUCCCUACAGUGAACCAGAGACCUACCAUUGGAACAACCUUCUGACCAUCAUCUGUGUCAGCACAUCCAUCGGGGUUGUGGCCAUCGCAGCUGUCACCAUAAGUAUUUACAAAUGUCGGCAGAGGACCAGUGAUAAAGGCGAUUCCGUCUCAUACAACAACAAGGUGUACGAGAACUUCAAUUUCAGCACACAAACCCAACAGAGACAGACAACCACUGCAUCCAUCCAGGAACAAUGCAUUUAUGAGAACUAGACCAUCUUAAUCUCACUCUGACAGCCUCAUUCCUCUUUUUAGGCAAGUUCACAGAUGUUUGUAGCCUUUAGACCAUUUUCAAAUGUGGGAGUACUGUUGUAUGAUGCUUUACUAUCCCAGAUCAAGGUAUUGGUGAACCAUUGGACCAGUGUGUCUUGAAUACUAGAGGUAUUGGUGAAUCCAUCAACCAUUGUACCAGUGUGUCUAGAAUACUAGCUGAGUUGAACACAUCAAAGCUACAGGAAUAGUUAUUUAGUUUAACCUAUUAAAUUCUGACCCCCUCUGGUGGCAUUUUCUAAACGACCCAUAACUCUGUAUACUACCCUCAUAAUGUAAAUUUAGGUUUCAAAACUAGAAGUCCUACAAACGCUUAGUACUGUUAGAAAGGUAAGAACUGUGCGAUCCAGAUAAAGGCCACAGAAACGAUGUGACUACUACAAAGCCUGAGAUACAGCAGAAAUGUGCAGUUUUUGUUUUGUGUUUUUGAUUUUUUCAGUGGGGUGGGGGUCCCCCCAAUUGUCCCCAUGUUGGGGAAUAAGAGAUUUGAAAGUCUAAGUUUGAGAUAAAAUAUGUCACCAAUUACUAUUCCAAAAUAAAUAUCAGAUAUUUUACCUAAUGGUGGCGCUCUAAACAUGCGCAAAUUGGAACAGAGCCAUUGUAAAGGUGCAGGGCUUGCGCAAUGUGCCAAACCUUCAUUUUUCGCCUUACAGGAAUGGUAUACAUAUGAGGAGAAAGCUGAUGUCUCUACCUAUCCAUUGAUGUAAAAAUAUCCUGUCUGAUUCCCAAUUCAUCCAACAGAUAGCAGUAGGAGAUCACAUGACGUCUCUUGGCACCUUGAAACCAGUUGCGUCUGGUUUGGCUUGUGAGUCACUGUGCCAAAAUGGCUGAACUGAUUUUCAAGCCUGACAUCUUAAAAUGACCUAAGCAAGUUAUGGGGGGAGAUUCUUAUGACAUUGCCAGAAGUAUGAUUUGAGCUUGAUUUCCAAAAAGACAAGGCCUGUAGCUUUCAAAUGACAUGUCACCUUCUAUUUUCUGAAGAUUUGGUUUUUUUGGGGGGGGCUACCCCCCAAACUCACCGGGCCCUAUAUAGGGCCCCCCAAAAAACGCUCAGAGUUUAACAGGUUAAAAUAUAUCUGACAAUCACCCAAAAACUCUUUCCAAACAUUCACUCUAGGCAUAAAUUGGGUGGUUGCCAUUGAUAUCAUUAAAUUGUAUAUAACGUUUUCCUCUUGCUGUCCUUUUGAAUGUGAUAUAAAACCUUACUGUGCAUGUGUGAAUCACUCUGGAUAAGAGUGUUUGGGCCAAUGAUUACUGGUAAAUGAAUGUAAUGUCCUCAACACCUCGUUAGGGCUUAUUUUGUAUGAGAUUUGCAUGAUAAGAAUUUUUUAAUUUGGAGAUAAAGUCAAACCUAAUAUAUAAAUCCUGUGGACAUUCAUUGCUAAAUUAAAAUGUAGGAAACUGGUUUAAUGUACUGGUUAUCUGCGUUGCACAUGCAAAUUCAUGACUUUUCUUGACUUGUUCAGUUAUUACAAAUACACGUUGGUUGUUCCAGAAAAGGUUGAACAACUCUGAGUUCCUGUUUUAGAGCCAACGUUGCUGUCAAUUCUGUGGUCUGCUUUCACAUGACUGGAAACAAGUAUGGUGCAGCCUCUCACAUUCACCACUCAGCAAUGUUGUGGCCACUUCUGCAGGCCCCUCAGCAGUUUUCGCCAACAUUGACUGCAGUAUGCUUUUUGAUGUGGAGUUUUUUUAUUUUCUUCAGAGUGAACAAUGCGUAAAUUCUCUUUUUGCUCACCAAAUCCACUGAGAAUGUAUAUAAAAGGUCAGAUAAGGAUUUAAGAGUGGGAGGAGUGGUGGUGAUGCAUGUGGGUAUUUUUCACAUUUUGUUUUGCUUGACAACUUUAACAUAACAAAAAAGUGGCGGAAAAAUCUUGACUAACCUUUAACCUGACACUAAAAAGUCUAUAGACUGUCUUUCUUGGCCUAGUCCUAAUCUGAAAAGUAUUUUUUAGCACCCUAGCUCACUAUUGCUAUAUUACCUGCCUUGAUUCUAAAUAUAUGUUGUUUGUAUUGUAUGUUUUUUUGCCUAAGUAGAGCUUUAAGAUAACUCUGUAAUAAAAAGCGUUAUACAAUGUUAUUAUUAUUAUUAUUAUGUAAGUGUGUAAAAAUAAAUCUAGUUUACAUAAACUGUGAACUCUGUUUCAA